AUGGCACUGAACUGUUUACCGCCACAGAUGUACUGGAGAGUAGCUACACCCUGACUGCAGUUAGCUGUCUAGACACAGGACUGUACACCUGUUCUGCCAGGAACAGUGUUUCUAAUACAGCAGUGGCCAAGGACAUAAGGAUCAACGUUUUGUGUUCUCCGCGCCUCGAUCCAAGAUUGUUCACAGUCCGAAAGAUGUGGUUGGCCACUCAUGAUAAUCUAACUAUGAAUGCCAUGUUUCUGUCAAACCCGGAACCCUCAUCAUUCACAUGGACUUUCCAGGACUCCUCACAUAAUUCGUUUACUGAGCUAAACGACGGGACAGACAACUUUGUUAUACAUAAUACACCUUUUUCAUCGAGCCUGUCAACUUUGUCAGUUGGGACACGUACGAACAUAAAAGAGGCCUGGUUUGGAUUAUAUAACGUAACGGCAAGAAACAGUGAGGGCUACGGGACACUCACUUUCACAGUUGCUGAUAAAGAAUGCUCCUGCAGUACUGACAGCAUGUAUGUAACAGGAGUUACCCUGAUUUGUACCAGUAUUAUCACGCUCCUGUUAACAGUUGGACUUGGAAUAUUCAUUAGUCGAAAUGGUAGACUGCCUUGUAUCAAAGGUCAGCAUCUGAAACAAAGGGAAUUUCAGAACGUGCAACUUUCAGAACGAGCUGUGACACCCAAUGAAGAGGAAGACGAACGAUCUCAAUAUGAACAACUCGAUACGAAUGAAAUUGCCAAGGCAUCUGUGUACUCUGAAAUAGGAAGUCAUCUUCAAGGUCGCCGGCGAGAUCCAGUCAAUGACAACAGAGAAUACGAGUCAUUGGAGGGUCGGUCUAGCCCAAACGUCUAUGAAGAUCUCCAUGGCACAACAUCUGGUAGGUUUCUAUAUCGUCUGUCAGAUAAGCGAUACAUGAAAUAGAAUCAAAAUAUUGCACAACUUUAAACACAGCUUUGCAAUUAUAUU